AUGCCUGGGUUCUCCUUCUUCUUUAUUCUGUGGCCCUUCUCGUCUCCAUUCCUGCUGCUUGUGGGGCUCAUGGGUCGACAGUUGGGGCUCAGGGUGGGACUGCAGGUUGUUCAAACACUGACUUGUUCUCGGUGGGGUUCACCAAGCGACCAAGGUGUGUUCCAAGAAGGGGAUGUUGUCAUUGGUGGCCUUUUUAGUCUCCGCUACAAGCCUCCAACUACUGACCAGGACUUCACUCAGCAGCCAUACUACCCAGCCUGCACUGGUUUGGAAAAUCUUCCAUUGCAGUACAUAUAUGCUAUGAUCUUUGCUCUGGAGGAGAUCAACCAGAGUAAAACCUUGCUUCCAGGGUUGAAACUGGGCUAUGAUAUUCGUGACAGCUGUGCCAUACACCCAUGGGCCACGCAGGCAGCACUGUCACUAGUUGGAGGUGACAGCAGCAGCUGUAACUCUGCAGCCCCAACAAACUAUUCUACGGAGAGUGAGGAGGGGAUCAGAGUGAGAAAUGAUCCGCCCGUUCCACUGAUUAUUGGUGGAUCCUCAUCUGUGGCAGCCAAGAUACUCACCAAAAUCCUGGAGCCACUCUCUAUGAGCUACACAGCCAGCUGCCCCUGUUUGAGCGACAGAGCCCAAUAUCCAAACUUCUUCCGAACUAUGCCAAGUGAUAUUUACCAAGCCAGGGCCAUUGCACAGCUGGCUAUUCGCUUCAAGUGGACUUGGAUUGGGGCAGUGGUGGCAAACAAUGAUUAUGGACUCAUGGCUGUUAAGGUGUUUCAGGAGGAGACUCAGGGAAAAGAGGUGUGUCUGGCAUUUGUGGAGACUCUCCAAAGGGAGAGAAUUGUGAGUGAUGCCAGACGUGCAGCACUAACAAUUCAGGCCUCCACUGCGAAGGUCAUUCUGGUCUUUUCCUGGUACACAGAUGUGAGAGAGCUAUUCCUGCAGCUAGCCAAGAUAAAUGUGACUGACAGACAGUUUCUGGCCAGUGAGGCUUGGAGUACCAGCGCUAAUCUCCUCCAAAAUCCAGUCAGUUCUGAAGUGGCCAGUGGUGUUCUUGGUGUUGCCAUUCGAAGCUCAUCUAUCCCUGGUUUUGAACAUUUUCUCAGAAGUUUGAACCCAUCUCAUCGCCCUAAUGAUAAGUUCUUAAGAGAAUUCUGGGAAAAGGAGUUUGGUUGCAGUCCUGAGGCUGCAAACAGGCUGUUAAAAUCCUCUCUUCCACCCUGCAGUGGUGCAGAGUCCCUGGAGAAUGUGCAGAAUCACUUCACUGACACCACUCAGCUACGGGUGACUUAUAACGUCUAUCUGGCUGUUUAUGCUGCAGCCCAUGCCCUUCACAGCCUCCGCUCGUGCCCCAACAGAGACAGCCCUGCUGAAAACAACAUCUCCACCUGCUUCUUUCCUAAAAACAUCACACCCACAGAGCUGCUGCAGCAGAUGAGCAAAGUGAAUUUCACCACACCACAGGGGGAACUGUUGUAUUUCCAAGGGGGCGACACUCCGGCAAAGUACGACAUUGUCAACUGGCAUAAAACCUCUGAGGGGUCACUCAAAAUCGUCCUGAUUGGUCAUGUUGAUGGGUUUGACCUUCACUUUGAUGAAUCAGCAAUUCAGUGGAGCACAGGGUCAAAACAGGUCCCUGUGUCAGUGUGCAGUCUAAGCUGCCCUCCUGGUACCCGAAAGGCCAACAGGAAAGGAGAGCCUCUUUGCUGCUUUGACUGUAUCCAGUGUGCUGAUGGGGAGAUAACCAAUGAAACUGGUUCUCUUCAUUGUGAGCGAUGUCCAUCAGAGUUUUGGUCUAAUGUUGAUCAAACUGCCUGCAUCCCUCGUCAGCUGGACUUUCUUUCCUUUAAUGAAACACUGGGCAUUACUUUGACAACAGUGGCUGCUUCUGGUGUUGUGGUGACAACAGCUGUGUUUGUGGUGUUUCUUUAUUACCGUCAAACACCCAUGGUGCGAGCCAACAACUCUGAGCUGAGCUUCCUACUUCUUGUGUCGCUGAAGCUCUGCUUCCUGUGCUCACUGGUGUUCAUUGGCCGUCCCUCAGUCUGGUCCUGUCGGUUCCAGCAGGCAGCCUUUGGGAUCAGCUUUGUGCUUUGUGUUUCCUGCCUCCAAGUCAAGACCAUAGUUGUUCUGGCAGCGUUUCGCUCAGCUCGGCCUGGUGCUGAGGCCUUGAUGAAGUGGUUUGGACCUGGUCAACAGAGGGGAAGUGUCUGUGUCUUUACCAGCAUUCAGGUGAGUGUUAUUAUCUGUAUCAUUUGGCUAUCACUCAGCCCCCCGGUGCCUCAAGCUGACCUAAACAUCCCAGGGUUAACUGUUACACUAAAAUGUGCCAUGGCCUCUGUGGUGGGCUUUUCUCUGGUCCUCGGCUACAUUGGCUUGCUGGCCUGUACCAGUCUCCUCUUAGCUUUCCUUGCACGGAAACUCCCUGACAACUUCAAUGAGGCCAAACUGAUCACCUUCAGCAUGCUGAUAUUCUGUGCUGUAUGGAUUGCGUUUGUUCCUGCCUAUGUCAGCUCUCCUGGAAAAUACUCCAAUGCUGUAGAGAUUUUUGCAAUUCUGGCCUCCAGCUAUGGUUUACUUUUCUGUAUCUUUGCUCCAAAGUGUUUCAUCAUUCUUUUGAGGCCUGAGAAAAACACCAAGAAACACCUGAUGUCUAGAUAA